UGAGGUGUCCUUGGAUAGCUUUUGAAGUCUAUUUUUAUAAUUGAGUGGUCUCUGUUCGAGAGGAGAGAGUAAUCAUCCAAAAAUCGAUCUGGAACGAGCAGUGGUCUAUGAACCCGAGCUGUGAGAGUGCUGAGACUGUUUGGUUGAUAUCUCGAGUUUUACCAAUCCAAUUAAGGCGUGUGAGAUACCAAAAGAAAGCUCUCAAGACGAGGAAUCCGUGAAGGUCUGGUUUGAAUCAAUCGGAGUAGAGGAAGGCUUCCAAAUCGCCCGAGCAGAACGCGACCUCGCAGGAACGUAUUUACUCUUCUAAGAAUCGAGUUAGCCGGAAAACACCCGUUCUAGGGGCUGUUUUCGUAUCAACGGUUAGGGGUUGAAUUAGCAACUUGAGGAAGCUGUUUAACACCCAUUUUCAAGCAAGGAACCAGUUCUCAAUCUUCCUUGGCCGAGGCUUUGGUCAUUGGAUCGAGAAGGAAAGUUUUAAAGCUCAUUUGAGGUUGAGGCUAGAGCUUGCUUCCUGUGCUCGUUGCUCGAGAGAUCAUCUAGGAGGGAAGACUUGGUUCGUGCUUCCUCCAUUCGGUUUUUAAACAUUAACAAGCAUGCUCAUGAAUAUUUUACUAUAGAGCCUGCGUGCUCAUGUUAGCCACGUGUGGCAUUUGUUUUCAAACUAUGUUUUCCGCUACGUAUUCGAUUGCUUAUUAUGUUGUUUAUGGAUGGCUUGCGUGUGAGUGAUAUUCUAGACGCCUUGUAUAAUAUGAACGUGUUGGACUGCGGUUGACUAUUCAUAUUGUACGGCGGGUUGUUGACGUGUCCGGGGAGGUCCGGGGCGUGACAAUUAAGUUGGUAUCAGAGCCUUAGUCCAUAAACUUCAUAAUGAUGUCUCAAAAUUCUCUUUUUGAAAAGAUUUUGAAAACCAUGAGCAUAGAAGUUUUGUACUUGGAGAGCUUUUGGUACUUGGGUUGCAAGGUCUCUAAUUGUUAAGAUGGUACCCUUAGCAAUUGGUAUGGCAGUGACUCGAGCCAAAAUGUGUCUUAAGUACCUAUCCGUCAAUUGACAUUUGAUACGAGUCUAACGACUCUUUCCCAAUUUCUUUCAGAAAUGGACCGUGGUGGCAGGAUUACUAGGAGAAACCCGACCGGCCGUGUACCAGAGGAGACUGGACAGGGCAGUCGAAGGACCUCUAGGGCAUCUAGAGGAGCUGGCCGUGGAGGCCGAUCACAGACCGUGAGUGACGGUCAUGUCGACACAGAAAGUGAAACCUACUGGUCCUAUGAGGACUCGACUUACCAACCGGAAACCGAGCCGGUUGAGACCCCUUACGAAGGGGAUGACGAUGAUGUGAGCGAUGAAGAGGGGGAGAAUGACUCCCUAGCAAGAAUAGAGGCGCUGCUCCAACAAUAUCAACGGGAGCGCGAAGAAAGGAGGGAACGCCGAAGGCGCCGGGGAGGGCGAACUUCGGGUGGGGCUUCAAGAGGAAGGAGCCAUGGCGAUUCUCGGGCCCACAUCGAGCCACAUGGGGGCCGGGGUGAUGGGGGUCCAAUCAUAAGGAUCUCAAAAUAUCUUAAGGAGGCUAGGGACUUGGGGUGCAAACCCUUCAACGGCGCAGGCGACAUCUCGGUCGCCGCGGAAUGGAUCAAGAGGUUGAACGAGGCAGCCCUUGAUAUGCAACUCACCCCCGAAUUUAAACUAAGGGUGGCGGUGAGAUUGCUUGAAGGGAUGGCAUCCACAUGGUGGGAUGGAGCCAAGGGAAAGUAUGGCAAUACCGUGACUUGGGAGAAUUUCCGACAGGAGUUCUUUGCCCAAUAUUAUUCUGAUUUUGAGGUGAACGCUAAAAGGAGAGAGUAUACCCUCCUGACCCAAGGUGGCAAGAUGACGGUGAGGAAACUUGAACAUAAAUUCAGGGAGCUCGCGGAGUUCAUACCGGAGUAUGUCUGUGACGAGAACCGGAUGGUAAAUCACUUCUGGGAUGCCUUAGACUUGGAGGUGCGUGAGAGGGCAACACAGUUGCCUAACAUGACCUUUAGCCAAGUGGUCGAGCAAGGGUUGAAAGGAGAGAAAGAAUGGGAAGAGAGAAAGUUGAAAAACGCCGAAGAGGCGAAGAAGAGAAAGUGGGAGAACCAUGGACCUCAAGGUCCUAGCAAAAAGGGGAACCAUGGGGGAGGAGGAUCCUUUCGGACACCCCCACUGCCAUCUAGGGGGAGUCAAGGCCCGGGCGGGCAAUCACAAGCCUCGGGGGGGACUCGUUGCAAGAAUUGCAAGAGGAACCACCUGGGGAAAUGUCGUGACCCUCCUAGAUGCUAUCAAUGCGGAAACACCGGGCACUUGAAGAUGAAUUGCCCACAAUUGGGUGGGGCAAGGUCAUCGGGACCAAGUAGUGGUAAUACCGGGACACGGAAUCAAGCCGGGACUUCACAAGCGUCCAGGGGGAAAGGGGGAGCAAGCGCAAGCAAUGCGCCGUCCGUGAAUCAAGGAAGGACUCAAGCUAGGGUCUACGCGAUGACGGAGGCGGAUGCUCAAGCUAACCCGGAUUCCGUUGCAGGUAUUGCCUCUCGUAUGCUAGUGUUUUAUCCUUAAUUAGUCCAUAAAUUGAGGUUACUAAUCGCUAGGAUCAUUGCACAAGGUUUUGGGGUCAAACCGGGGGAUUUCGGGCAACUUCAGGCGGCUGGAACCCAGGCACGAUCGUGCCUAAGGCAGACACGAUCGUGCCUCCAAGUCAGUAGCUGCCCAGGAAUUUCCCAGCCCAGGCACGAUCGUGCCUAAGGCAGACACGAUCGUGCCUACAAGGCAGUAGCUCCCCAGGUGUUUCCCCAAACCAGGCACGAUCGUGCCUAAGGCAGACACGAUCGUGCCUCCAAGGCAGUAGCCCCAAGGGCUUUUUCCGGAGCCAGGCACGAUCGUGCCUACCCCAGGCACGCCGUGCCUGGCACCCAGAUUGCCGAAGUGCGAUUUUUUCGCACCGUUUUGCGACGAUGAGACCUUUUCUUGAUCCCUAACGUGCGUGUGAACAUUGUAACCUUCUAUAAAUGAGUAGGGAGGGUAGGAAUGAUGUCUUACACGGUUCAUGAAUGUAGGAACACUAAAGAUUAAUGGGAAGGAUGCGCGAAUCCUUAUCGAUACCGGGGCGCAACGUUCAUUUGUGAAUGAAGCGUUCGCCAAGAGAUUGGGAGUGCAAUCCGCACCAUUGAUGCAAACCUUAGUGGUAUCAACACCACUAGGGGACGACGUGGAAAGAACUUGUUACUAUCCAUCUUGUGGGGUGGAGGUUAAUGGUCAAACCUUGACGUGUGACUUCGUACCGCUGAGCAUGAUUGAAUUCGAUGCAAUCCUAGGGAUGGAUUGGCUAGAAAGGAACCAUGCUAGGGUAGAUUGCUACACGAAGGUUCUUGAACUCGAAGGCAAUGAUGGGGAGACCCUACGCUUCGAGGGCGAUCGAGGGAGAUCAAAUAGCUGUAUCAUAUCCGCCGUGAGAGCGAGAAGUAUGAUGAGAAAGGGAUGCCACGCAUAUCUAGCAUACGUGGUUGACAAAACCAAAGAAGAAACAAACAUCGACGAUGUGAGGGUGGUUUGUAAGUAUCCGGAUGUCUUUCCAAAAGAUUUACCGGGACUUCCACCCGAUAGAGAGAUUGAAUUUGUGAUCGAGGUCGAGCCCGGCACCAAACCAAUCUCCAUACCGCCAUACCGUAUGGCACCCGCUGAACUUAACGAGUUGAAAACCCAAUUGCAAGAGCUUUUGGAUAAUGGUUUCAUUAGACCAAGCCACUCCCCGUGGGGAGCACCAGUUCUUUUUGUGAAGAAGAAAGAUGGGACACUUCGAAUGUGCAUUGACUAUCGUCAACUGAACAAGGUCACAAUCAAGAAUAGGUAUCCCUUGCCUAGGAUUGAUGACUUGUUUGAUCAACUACGAGGAGCAACCGUAUUUUCGAAGAUUGACGUGUCCGGGGAGGUCCGGGCCAUGCCAACCUCGUCCCAGCAUAACGGUGUACGACACCUCCUCCCAUACAAUGCCUCGUAUGGAGGCAUGCCGAUGCUGGCCUGAUAACUGUUGUUAUAGGCAAACUCCACAAGUGCUAAGUGGUUGUCCCAACUUCCUUGGAACUCCAAUGCACAAGCCCUCAGCAUGUCUUCCAAGAUCUGUAUGACUCUUUCAGACUGUCCAUCCGUCUGUGGGUGGAAAGCAGUACUGAACUUCAACCUCGUUCCCAUAGACUCCUGAAAUUUCGGCCAAAAACGUGAUGUGAAUCGUGGGUCUCUAUCGGAUACAAUGGUCACUGGGACCCCAUGCAGCCUCACGAUCUCAUCCGUAUACAAUUUGGCUAACCUCUCAAGUGGGUAGGUAGUGUUGAUAGGCAAGAAGUGUGCACUCUUUGUGAGCCUAUCCACAACGACCCAAACUGCAUCAUAGUUCCUGAUUGUCCGUGGUAAACCUACCACGAAAUCCAUAGUCACGUGUUCCCACUUCCAUUCAGGAAUGGAAAGUGGCUGCAAUAAGCCUGCUGGAUGCUGAUGUUCCGCCUUAACUUGUUGACAAGUAAGGCAUCGACUAAUGUAUUCGGCUAUUUCCCUCUUCAUUCCAGACCACCAGUAACUUUCUUUCAAGUCACGGUACAUUUUCGUGCCCCCCGGGUGCAUGGCAUAAGCCGAUGAAUGAGCCUCCUCUAAGAUGGACUUUCGGAGCUCCUCAUCUGACGGUACACACACUCGGUCACGAAAUAACAAGAGACCAUCAUCUCUUUCCCUGAAAUCCUCCACCGGUCCCGCUUGCAUGCGUUCCCGGACCUUCAUCAGUUCUGCGUCAGUCUCUUGACCUUUCUUGAUCUCAUCAAGUAAGGUAGGUCUCACCUCAAAUCGUGCCAAUAAGGCACCAUCGCUAGAUACCUCCAGUUGGGCUCUUAAUGCCCUCAAAUUAGCUAGCAAUGCCCCAGACGAGCUCUUCCGGCUCAAGGCAUCUGCCACCACGUUUGCCUUGCCUGGGUGAUACUCUAUCACUAGAUGGUAGUCUUUUAUCAACUCCAUCCACCGUCUCUGUCUCAUGUUUAGCUCCUUCUGAGUAAACACGUAUUUCAAGCUCUUGUGAUCAGUGUAUAUGUGACAUGUCUCCCCGUAGAGAUAAUGUCUCCAUAUCUUCAGUGCAAACACCACGGCCCACAGCUCCAAGUCAUGAGUGGGAUAAUUCACCUCGUGCUUCUUCAACUGUCGUGAAGCAUAGGCGAUUACCCUCCCAUUCUGCAUCAACACGCAUCCAAACCCUUGGAUGCUCGCGUAACUAUAGACAUCGUACCCCACACCCUGUUUGGGUAAUGCAAGUACCGGUGCCUCGGUCAAUCUCUUCUUCAGUUCGAUGAAUCCUUUCUCACAUUUGUCAUCCCAUAUAAACUUAGCUCCCUUUCGAGUGAGCUUCGUCAACGGCGACGCCAAAACAGAGAACUUUUCCACGAACUUUCUGUAAUAGCCCGCCAAUCCAAGGAAGCUACGAAUUUCCUUGACAUUCUUUGGUCUCUCCCAUUCGGUAAUGGCUUCUAUCUUCUUGUUAUCAACAGCAAUUCCCGAUCCUGAAACCACGUGCCCGAGAAAGCCAAUUUCCUUUAGCCAAAAUUCACAUUUAGAAAAUUUGGCAUAAAGUUGCUUCUCCCGUAGUGUCUCAAGAACAAGUAUCAAAUGCUCCUCGUGCUCUUCUUCACUCUUCGAGUAAAUCAAGAUAUCAUCUAUGAACACAAUCACGAACCGAUCCAAGUAUUUAUGGAAUACUCGGUUCAUCAAGUCCAUGAAUGCCGUUGGGGCGUUUGUUAACCCAAACGACAUAACAAGGAACUCAAAAUGCCCAUACCUUGUGCGGAAAGCACUCUUUGGUAUGUCGUCUUCCUUAAUCUUCAAUUGAUGGUACCCCGACCUCAAGUCAAUCUUCACACAAAAGAGUGGUGCUGGUUGUCUCCCUUCAUGAGUGAUGUUAUACUCGGCCAAAUAAGGUGAAUGAGGUGUCCUUGGAUAGCUUUUGAAGUCUAUUUUUAUAAUUGAGUGGUCUCUGUUCGAGAGGAGAGAGUAAUCAUCCAAAAAUCGAUCUGGAACGAGCAGUGGUCUGUAAACCCGAGCUGUGAGAGUGCUGAGACUGUUUGGUUGAUAUCUCGAGUUUUACCAAUCCAAUUAAGGUGUGUGAGAUACCCAAAGAAAGCUCUCAAGACGAGGAAUCCGUGAAGGUCUGGUUUGAAUCAAUCGGAGUAGAGGAAGGCUUCCAAAUCGCCCGAGCAGAACGCGACCUCGCAGGAACGGAUUUACUCUUCUAAGUGAGUUGUUAAUCCCAAAUCCUUUCCAUUCAUUUUCCAAAUGAUAUGAACGAUUGGUGGGACUAUUGUACACUAAUCCAAGUGUAUAAUAUGUCCUUGUAAAGUUAUUUUUAUUGAUGUAAAGGUUAGAUACUAACCUAGAGCAAAUAUUGGAAAACUAGGAAUCGAGUUAGCCGGAAAACACCCGUUCUAGGGGCUGUUUUCGUAUCAACGGUUAGGGGUUGAAUUAGCAACUUGAGGAAGCUGUUUAACACCCAUUUUCAAGCAAGGAACCAGUUCUCAAUCUUCCUUGGCCGAGGCUUUGGUCAUUGGAUCGAGAAGGAAAGUUUUAAAGCUCAUUUGAGGUUGAGGCUAGAGCUUGCUUCCUGUGCUCGUUGCUCGAGAGAUCAUCUAGGAGGGAAGACUUGGUUCGUGCUUCCUCCAUUCGGUUUUUAAACAUUAACAAACAUGCUCAUGAAUAUUUUACUAUAGAGCCUGCGUGCUCAUGUUAGCCACGUGUGGCAUUUGUUUUCAAACUAUGUUUUCCGCUACGUAUUCGAUUGCUUAUUAUGUUGUUUAUGGAUGGCUUGCGUG